UCAUGUAUGUAUAGUUUGAAAUUUCCAAUUGGAUCAUGAGACAUCAUGGAUAGAUUUGUUCAAUUUGUAUGCGUUUUAUUUGUGAGCGUUUUGGCAUUAUCUCGAGGCGAGUGCCCUGAUAAUUACCUCGAAGGACCGAAUGGGCAUUGCUAUUCAUACCAAUACUCCUCGCCAUCAUCAUCGGCCAAAGACUGGGCCCGUGCUCGCGGUUAUUGUGCCGUCACAAACGAUUCUGACCUCGUCGUUCUUAACGACGAAACCGAGUACGAGUGGUUCGUCAAUCUGACAUCGACAGUCGCUCCAAACUCGUCAUGGUGGUUAGGUUAUCAUGAUAACUCAGUUGAAGGAGAUUGGAGAUGGAUUGACUGCGGAGGAACCACUGAUUGGCAGCGUAACCUGUGGUCUCCCGGUUACCCUGGCAACGAAAGAGAUGAUUGUGGUGUCGUCUUGCCUACCGGAGAGAUUGAUGACGUCGUAUGUGACCUUCCAAUCAACUAUUUCUUAUGCGAAGUCAGCCCAAAAGGUUUUACACCAGACGAAGCCAGACCAACCAAUCUAAUUGCUGAAGUAACAUCCACCCUCACUGUUACUCUGAAGUGGGAUGUUUCCCCUUUUUACUGCGAUGUGUUUGGAUAUCGAAUCCAAGUUACCAAUGAACACAUGGAAACCACUCACGAGGUGGUCUAUGGAGGUAAAACAAGUGAGGUAGAGAUAUCUUUGGACCGUGUCAGGACAGAGUAUUCCUUCACUGUGGCUGCGUGGACGAUCUUGGAUGAGGAACUGGCUGUGAUUGGUCCAGUUGUUGCUACGACAGGUUCUUGUCCGGACAGUUAUGAGGAGAGCCCCGGUGGACGAUGUUAUCUGUUCAGAAAUCUGACCAAUGGGGAGUGGUGGCCGGCAGGGAGGAGGUCAUGUGACAACACAGUGGACAGUGACCUUGUGAUCAUCAAUGAUGAGGAGGAAUUGAACUAUAUCAUGAACAGGACCUCUGAAAUUGAUCCAGAUGGAAAAUGGUGGAUUGGACUAUCUGAUCUCACUGCUGAUGAUUACUGGCAAUGGGUGGAUUGUACAGAGUCUAACGACUGGCAGAACCGUCUCUGGGCACCGGGUUACCCCACCUGCGAUGAUACACACGACUGUGCAGUCUUGAACCCCGAUGGCACCAUCCAAGAUGACGCUUGUGAUCUACGCAUCAACUCAAUCUGUGAGAUAUCUCCUAAAGAGUUUGAUGAACAAGCUGUGAUGGUUGGAAACCUGAUGGUCUCUGCAUCCUUACCCACCAGUCUAGAGGUUUCAUGGUCUCUGCCUGUGUAUGGCUGCAGUGCAGUCGGGUACCGCAUCUAUUAUUCCAUGGCAGAUAGCAUGGACGACAAGGAAUCCAUGUUUGUACAAGGAGGCGAUGCCACGCACGCAGUCGUACAAGAUCUACGUGCCAAUACGACAUAUAAUGUGACAGUAGCUAUCUAUAACAACAAGGACGAUGAACUGGAGGAAUCUCAAGCUGUUGAGGGAAUAACAAUGCCCUGCCCGGCUGAUUACGAGGAGGGCCCAAACGGUCACUGCUACUGGUUUGCUGUGACCACGUAUGGUUAUAUGUGGCAUUGGGGCCGGCAGGACUGCUCUGAAGAACCUGAUUCUGACCUGGUCAUCAUCAAUGAUGAGGAGGAGCUCGACUUCCUUCGUAACCGUACAGCUGAGCUCUCUGUAGAUAGGGACUGGUGGAUUGGACUGUCCAGCUCUCCUGCUUGGUCCUGGACUGACUGCGAGGAACUCAACCCUUGGCAGGACACCCUAUGGGCACCUGGUAACCCUCAGCCCGAAGGCUACGGCUGUGCUGCCCUUGAUGAUUCCGGAGAGGUCGUAGACAAGGGCUGUGAUAUCAAGCAUCAUUUCAUCUGUGAGAUAUCUCCCAGAGGUUUUUCAGACGAGGAGGAAAAUGUUGAGGGCAUCAAGGCCAGUCCGUUGAUGUAUGGCAUGGAGGUUAGCUGGACCCUAGCUCCAAAGCAUUGCAACGUCGAGGCUUACCAGAUCAUUUACAAGGAAGACAUGGAGGAAGCCAGGGAAUUCUUUGAUCUUCAGUACGGAGAAGAUUCUUCAUCUACAACAGUGACUGGCCUUAACCCUAAUAGAACGUACAACGUAUCGGUAGCAGCUUUCCUCAACACGGAAGUGCUAUUGAGCCCUGUAGGACCAGUACAAAUAACUACACCUGCAUGCCCUGAUGACUACGAAGAGGGACCUAACGGUCACUGCUACCGCUUCAGGAUUCUAGACAAUGGAACGCGGUGGAUGAGAGGCAGGCAGACCUGCGAUAACGUGGAUGAUUCCGACUAUGUCAUCAUCAACGAUGAGGAAGAACUCAACUUUCUUCUGAAUCGAAGUGCAGAGGUGGAUCCUGAAAUGAACUGGUGGAUAGGUCUGUCUGAUUUGUCCAUGCCUGGAUCCUGGGGAUGGGUGGAUUGUAGCACCCCUACAGCAGGGCAGGAAGGGCUAUGGGCACCAGACUACCCCACCGGUCAGCCGUCCCGCUGUGCGGCCCUCCGGCCUGAUGGACGGGUAAUUGACCUCCCCUGUGAGACCAGGCUGAGCUACCUCUGUGAACUCCUUCCUAAAGGUUUUGAUUCUGAUGCACUCAUGGUUUACAAUGUCACCACCCAGGGGUACUCUAACUAUAUUGCUGUUAGCUGGGAGCUUCCUGAGAAUAACUGUGAUGCUAUUGGCUAUGUCAUCUACUUCCAGUUGUCAGAUGGAACAGGGGACAGAAAAUCUGUGUAUGUGAGUGGUGGAGAGUCUACCAGCGGUGCAAUUAGAGCGUUACCACUUGGCGCUUCAUACUCCAUGACUGUGGCAGUGAGCACCAGCAAAGAGAUGGAACUCCAAGAAACAGCACCCAUCAAUGCAUCUACAGUUUCAUCUUGCCCGGAUAACUACGAGGAGGGUCCCAACGGAGGAUGCUAUCGCUUCCUGCUCGAGGACGUCGGUACCUGGUGGACGUACAGGAGACAGGCUUGCAUCUUUGAUGUCUCCUACUCGGAUCUCCUCGUGAUCAACGACCAGGAAGAGUUUGACUUUGUGAUGAACAGGACAGCAGAGAUGAGCGCUAAUGCUAGCUGGUGGAUUGGUUACACUGAUCAGUCCGUAGAGGGAGACUGGAAGUGGAUGGACACUUGCGAGGAAUCUACUGCUUUCCAGGGUUCCCUCUGGGCUUCUGGUUCACCCAGCAUCGGAGCUCAUGACUGCGCUGCUCUCCAGGCUACAGGUGACAUCAUGGACCUCGUCUGUGAUGCACUCAUACGUGGCUUUGUAUGCGAGGUGGCAUCUAGAGAGUUUGAUUGGGGAGAUGCUAACGUCCAGGAUCUGAUGGCCACAGGAAUCAGGGUUGGUCUUGAGGUGACCUGGACUGUGUCUUCAACAAGCUGCGAUGUGGUCGGAUACAAGAUCACUUACCAGCUCGAUGAACCCGGUUCACAGACAGAGUUUAUGCUUGUGUAUGGCGGAGACGUUGAUAGUGUUACCAUCUCUGGGCUGCUACCUGAAAGGAGGUACACCGUGGGUGUAGGAGUGAUUCUCAACCUGGACACUGAGCUCACUCCUGUCACUACUGUUGGAACCACACUAACCUGCCCAAACAAUUACGAGGAAGGACCCAACGGUCACUGCUACCGCUUCAGGAUCCUAGACGAUGGUACCCAUUGGCCGACUGGUCGAAGGACGUGUGACAACGUGGAAGACUCUGAUCUAGCCGUCAUCAACGACCCAGAGGAACUGGCUUUUCUUGUCAACAGAAGUGCAGAAGUGAACCCAGAUAUGACCUGGUGGAUUGGUUUAUCCGAUUUGUACAUUGAGGGUGAGUGGAGGUGGGUUGACUGUUCUACCACCACCGGAUACCAAGACACCCUAUGGGCUCCUGAUUACCCCUCUGAUGUUGGUCUGUCCUGUGCUGCUCUUCAGCCCGGCGGAGACAUCAUCAACCUUCCUUGUGAUAGACGAUUCAGCUACCUCUGUGAACUCAAUCCUAAAGGUUUUGAUCUCAACUCUCAAGUUGUUGAGAAUGUAAGAGCAUCAGGAGGGAUGUAUACCAUUAACGUCACUUGGGAUCUACCAGAGAAUGGAUGUAAUGCUGUGGGAUACAAGAUCUAUUAUGAAUUAACAGGAGUGGAGAGUGAUGUAUUGAGAUCAGUAUUUGUCAGUGGUGGUGAUUCUGUGAGUGGCUCCGUCACCGGUCUCCUCGCCAACGCAUCCUAUGACAUCAAGGUUGCCAUUUUGACGAGCAAAGAUAUUGAGCUUGGUGAUACAGAACCGGUCACUGUUUCAACAGUGCCAUGCCCAGAUGGCUAUGAGGAGGGGCCCAACGGCCGCUGCUAUCGCUUCAGAAUCCUUGACUUAGGUUCCUGGUGGCCCACGGGACGAAGGACCUGCGACAACGAGCCUGACUCUGACCUGGCUAUCAUCAAUGAUCAAGUGGAGCUGGAUUUCUUGAUCAAUAGGACAGUGGAGAUCGAUCCUAACAUCACGUGGUGGAUAGGCUACUCUGACCAGUCUGUGGAGGGUGACUGGCGUUGGGUCGAUUGCACCGAGUCAACUACCUGGCAGGAUGCAUUGUGGGUACCUGAUCACCCUGGAAACGGUCGUCUGGACUGUGCAGCCUUGCAGCCUGACGGUCAGGUCGUGGACUUGGUUUGUGAUACACCGCUCAGUUAUCUGUGUGAGAUUUCACCGAGAGGAUUCAGUCAGGAAGAUGCCAAUCCUGAUAACCUUGCUGCCAUGGCGGGAACGACCUAUGGCCUGGAGGUCACAUGGACCGUAUCUCAGACCAGCUGUGAUGUGAUUGGCUAUCGUAUCUCCUACUACUUGACUGGAGAUAUAUCAACUAGGUCAUCAAUUAUGGUCUAUGGUGGGGAUACGUCUAGUGCAUUAGUAAGUGGCUUAGCAACCAACACAACCUAUGAUGUCACAGUAGCAGCGUAUAUUAGCAAAGAUGAAGAGCUGAGUCCUGUAGGCCCAGUCACAGCUACAACAGUGCCAUGCCCAGAUGGCUAUGAGGAGGGACCCAACAGCCGCUGCUAUCGAUUCAGGAUCCUUGACUUAGGUUCCUGGUGGCCCACGGGACGAGGGACCUGCGACAACGAGCCUGACUCUGACCUGGCCAUCAUCAACGAUCAAGUGGAGCUGGAUUUCUUGAUCAAUAGGACUGCCGAGAUCGAUCCUAACAUCAUGUGGUGGAUAGGCUACUCUGACCAGUCUGUGGAGGGUGACUGGCGUUGGGUCGAUUGCACCGAGUCAACUACCUGGCAGAAUGCAUUGUGGGUACCUGAUCACCCUGGUAACGGUCGUCUGGACUGUGCAGCCUUGCAGCCUGACGGUCAGGUCGUGGACUUGGUUUGUGAUACACCGCUCAGUUAUCUGUGUGAGAUUUCACCGAGAGGAUUCAGUCAGGAAGAUGCCAAUCCUCAUAACCUUGCUGCCAUGGGAACGACCUAUGGCCUGGAGGUCACAUGGACUGUAUCUCCGACCAGCUGUGAUGUGAUUGGCUAUCGUAUCUCCUAUUACUUGACUGGAGAUAUAUCUACCAGUGGAUCAAGUUUUGUCUAUGGUGGUGAUACGUCUAGUGCAGUAGUACGUGGCUUAGCAACCAACUCAACCUAUGAUGUCACAGUAGCAGCGUAUAUUAGCAAAGAUGUAGAGCUGAGUCCUGUAGACCCAGUCACAGCUACAACAGACCCAUGUCCGGACGACUACAGCCUCGCUCCCAAUGGAAGAUGUUACCUCUUCGUCCAGAGCAGCCUUGGGUCCUUCUGGCACUACAGCAGGGAAACCUGUUGGGCGCAGAAGGACUCUGACCUAGCUAUCAUCAACGACCAGGAGGAGCUGGACUUUAUUGUGCAACAGAUAGCUGCGAUUGGGGAUACCAAUAACUGGUGGUUAGGUUAUUCUGAUAACUCUGUGGAGGGUGAAUGGAGGUGGGUGGACUGCACGGAAUCAAACGACUGGCAGAUGACCCUCUGGGCUCCUGGUUCCCCUGGCAACGAGAUGCCAGACUGCGGGUCUUUGUCAUCGUCAGGAGAAGUAGAAGCUCAAGUCUGCGAUGUGCCGCUCAAUUAUGUCUGUGAGGUAUCACCUAAAGGUUUUGAUCCUAUGGAACUAAAGGUUGAGAAUCUGGAGACGAGUGGAGCUUCAUACGGAGUUGAUGUGUCAUGGACACUUCCAGAGAAUAAAUGUGACGCUUUUGGCUACAAGAUAUACUAUCAGGAGAUGAACAGUGACAUGGAAGAAUUUAAGAUCAUCUACGGUGGAGACUCCAUUGGUGCUCGUGUAGCAGGCCUUCUACCCAAUACCACACUGAAUGUGAGUGUAGCUGUCUUGAUCGUUGACGAUGAGCUGGAGAGAGUUGGGCCUGUUGUCGGCAUAUCUGACCCAUGUCCCACUGGCUAUGAGGAAGCAGCAAAUGGGCGGUGCUACUGGUUCCAAGACUCUGAUCGCUAUGUUAAAGACUGGUUAAAUGCAAGAUACUAUUGUGGUGAAGCAGCAGGGAAUUUUGAUCAUGACCUGAUGAUUAUCGAUGAUGAAUGGGAAUUGGAAUACAUCACAAACAGGACCAGAGAGUUUAAUGACAGUAAAGAUUGGAGAAUAGGCUACUCUGACCUGGCCGAGGAGGGAGUGUGGAAGUGGGUCACAUGUGAGUCACCUGAUGCAUGGCAACUGAGUCUGUGGGCACCGGGCUACCCACAGAACGGUUUAGAUGACUGCGGAGUAUUUGAUCCCGAUAACAUGACCGUCUAUGAUCAGGUCUGUGACGUGGGUGACAUCAAUUUUAUCUGCGAAGUCACACCAAAAGAUUUUCGUGUAGGAGAUGACAACGUCUUUAAUCUCAAUGCCACUGCCAUUGGGUGGGACACCAUACGAGUCACGUGGAACGUGUCUGAAUACAACUGUGAUGUCAUCGCUUACAACAUCUACUAUCUGGAUACCUUCUUGGGAGGCCAGCCGGAGUGGGCUCUGGUGUAUGGUGGUGAAGUAGAUAGCUACGACAUCACCAUGGUACAGCCUAGCACCCGUUACAGCAUCAGUGUCUCCGCUGAGCGACAGGAAGUAGAGCUCCCUCAAGUGGGACCGGUCUACGUCACAACACCUGAAGGACCAUGUCCCGCUUACUAUGAGAGUGGCCCUGAUGGUGGCUGCUAUCGAUUCAUCACAAGCGAGUAUGGCUCUAUAUGGACUAGCGGAAGGGGAGGGUGUUCAUCGGUCGAAGACUCUGACCUGGUGGUCAUCGACAACCAGAUGGAGUUUGAUUUUAUCGUCAAUCGCACAAAGGAUUUUGAUCCAAUUAGGGAUUGGUGGAUAGGAUUUUCUGAUUUCUCUGUGGAGUCUGACUGGCGAUGGGUGACGUGCGACGCCCCUACUGACUGGCAGAACACCAUCUGGGAGACUGGUUACCCUAGAAAUGGUCUCCAUGACUGCGGGGCUCUCAGUUCAAGCAGCCGUCAAGUAGUUGAUGCUGUCUGUGACACACCCAAUUAUUAUAUCUGCGAGAUUACACCAAAAGUACCAUAG